AUGGAGGAGGAAGUCGCAGCUCUCGUCAUCGACAAUGGUUCGGGUAUGUGCAAAGCCGGUUUCGCCGGUGACGAUGCGCCCCGUGCAGUCUUUCCUUCCAUUGUCGGCCGACCGCGCCAUCACGGAAUCAUGAUUGGUAUGGGCCAGAAGGACUCAUAUGUUGGUGAUGAGGCACAGUCGAAGCGUGGUAUCUUGACGCUGCGAUACCCCAUUGAACACGGUGUCGUCACCAACUGGGAUGACAUGGAAAAGAUCUGGCAUCACACUUUCUACAACGAGUUGCGUGUCGCCCCCGAGGAGCACCCCGUCCUCCUCACCGAGGCUCCCAUCAACCCCAAGUCCAACCGUGAGAAGAUGACCCAGAUCGUCUUCGAGACUUUCAACGCACCCGCCUUCUACGUCUCCAUCCAGGCUGUCCUGUCCCUGUACGCCUCUGGACGUACCACCGGUAUCGUGCUCGACUCCGGUGACGGUGUCACCCACGUUGUCCCCAUCUACGAGGGUUUCGCGCUUCCCCACGCCAUUUCCCGUGUCGACAUGGCUGGUCGUGAUCUGACUGAUUACCUCAUGAAGAUCCUGGCUGAGCGUGGUUACACCUUCUCCACCACGGCCGAGCGCGAAAUCGUCCGUGACAUCAAAGAGAAGCUCUGCUACCUUGGAGAAGUCGUACGAACUUCCCGACGGACAGGUCAUCACCAUUGGGAACGAGCGUUUCCGUGCUCCUGA